UUAGUGCGGAACGAGCUCAUUCCCUUGUGUGCGUUUGGGGGAGACGCCCCCGCUGUAGAGACCAAGGGCCUGUGAAGGCCCCGUCUAUCGGUUACAGGUUGGCGAUCGGGGAGAAGCAGUUACUCUUGGAUUCUGGUGGUGUAUUGAGUGCUUUGGUGUUGGAUUUGGCAGCCUUUUGGUAGCCAUUUAGUAGUGAUCGGGGAGGACCUUGGAAAGAGUAUCUGUUCGCGGCGUAUUGGGGUUAUCGUUUCGGUGCGUCGUGACAGGUUUACAGGAUUAUAAGACUAGCGGGGACUUAAGGCUGCCGGGAUUUUAAAGACUUUUUUGCACCUUUUAAGAGGCUGGAAGAAUAUUUAGUUGUCUGUACGGUGAUAACCUCUGUGUCGCGGUUUUCUUGGUGAUAAAGACAAUUUAAGGAGGAGAUAUCUUGUUGUUGCUGUCGAUUUUCACCGAAGUCUUCAAGAUUUUGCUUGUUGUGACUUAGUGGUGUCAUCGUCUUGCAAGCGAAGAGAAGUUUUGGUUGGUUCAGUGCUUGGUGGAAUGAAUUUUCAAGCUCUGUAUUUGAAGCGAAGGACGUUGCCGUUGAUGCUGUAAAGUGCUUUUCGUGAAGACAAUUCUCCUUUGGAAAGAGCCUAUUAACCAGUUUCGCCUAGUCGUCGGUAUUUCUCGCUUCGGUAACCAGUCACUCAGUUUUUCUAUCGACAAUGGAGAAUAUAGCGUGAGCAGUUCGGGUAUUGCGGACGGGUCCUGUUUCUCGGCAAUCCUUAGCGAUGGCAUUACGUUUGUAACUCUGUUCAUUUUGUUCACUCUCAACUUCCGGAUUGUUCCACUGUUCUUCAAGUGUCUGCUUGAGCUUCUCAUCAUGGCAUUCGAAAUGAUGUAUACCUGCACUACUCUCGUGGGACGACAACCCCGAGAGUGCAGCGUGAGAGGCUUCUUUGCGGCUGUAAGGAUUAAGAAUUUAUGUUCCAGGGGUGAUUUCGAUGUAGACCGAGGUGGCACUCGGUGUGCCUAUUCUCCUUUGAAAGAAUCCUUCACGCACGGAGCCUGCUCUGCCUCUCCCACUACUCCCACGGAAAUGUUUUCCUUGGGACCAGAGUUCAGAAAAUACGUAGCACCCACACAUGCAGUUUCGAGUACACAGAGGAAUUGUUACAAGAAGAUUGCGGCUUGUGUCGCAGGCUUCACCUCUUCCUCCUCUGCGCCAGCAUCCAAUACCUCCGCCCCCUUGAGUCAAAGCCGAGGUAAUCAAUUUUUAGCGCCUUCCCCUCCCACCUCCUCCACGAGAUCUCUCUUUUCUUCUGCCGCGUUCUCAAACUCUAUGGGCGCUGACGGAUCCCGCAAAGCCCUCAUGAGUACUUUCUCGAAGUGCUCCUUCGUGGAGGGCAUGAAGCAUUUACCAUGCUCUUCCUUCUUCCAGUAUCCCUGGAGUAGUGGCACUUCUGCUGCCCGUAGUAGCCAGGUGCAUGAACCGGAAAAUGCAUCUGUUAAAAGCGUCUCAAGUAUCGAAGUUCCUGAGAACUCGGUUGAUACCACCACUGCUGUGGAUGAAACCGAGCAGAAUGAAAAGUCUAGUUGGUUACCGAAGUGGUUCAACCUGACUGCUGAGGAUGGCAGGACCAUCAUCAUGACAUUUACGGUGUCGCUUCUCUUCAGGUGGUUUGUUGCCGAACCACGAUUCAUCCCGUCACUUUCCAUGUAUCCAACCUUCGACAUUGGCGACCGUAUUAUCGCCGAGAAGGUUUCGUAUUUCUUCAGGAAGCCCAGUCUUAAUGACAUCGUCAUUUUCAAGGCUCCCAAAAUUUUGCAAGAGAAGGGUUUCAGCGCUGGACAAGUUUUUAUCAAAAGGGUAGUUGCGAUGGCAGGUGACCUUGUCCAGGUGAUUAACGGUCAGCUUGUCGUUAAUGGUUUCAUCAGGACAGAAGACUUCACCGCCGAACCACUUGCGUAUGAUAUGGCGCCCAUUAAAAUACCAGAAGAUCACGUUUUUGUAAUGGGGGAUAAUAGGAACAACAGUUACGAUUCCCACGUCUGGGGUCCACUUCCUACUAAAGAUAUUCUUGGACGUUCUGUGUUACGCUACUGGCCACCCGAACGUCUAGGCAGUACAGUUUUUGAUACGACUGAUCUCUUGAAGUCGUCCUUGCCUUUGCUGCAAUCUAAGGAGACCACCAUUUCUUGAAUCGGCAACUUAGAUAUGAUUGCACAUUUAUCUGGGUACAUUAUCCAGUCAAACUUGACUUUUGUCAUUCAAUGAUCACUCCCACGAUUGAGAUGGGAAGGUUACCCUCUUACUCGGGUACCAUGAAAUGAUACUGGCCUUAUGAACUGGCCUCAUCAAGGCUCCUGACGUCAGUUGGGAGACUAAGAAUAAGCUGAAGGUUUCAGAUGCCUUGCGAAAUCAGCUGAGGUAUGAUCGGACUCUAGCAAGUCUUGGAAGUCUUGGAGCGCUUCUCUUUCUGGAGAUUGUCGGCUUCAGAGGUCUCGAAGACCAACAUGAAAGAAUCGAUCGACUGUUCACAAAAUCAGCUCCCGCUGUAUAACGUGGGAUGGGCGAUAAAAAUUUCCAGAAAUGACCCUAGUUCAACGAUACUGCGUUGACACUCUAGUCUUGAAGAUUACAUCAUGAAAUGGAGUUCGCUUGGGACUCAGUGAUACAAACUAUAAUGAUCAAACUUGAUGCUUUAACACCCUGUGAUUGAAAGUGGGACUUGCCGACCGCAAUUACCAAUCUCUGCUUGUCGACUGACCAUCAGCCGACCGUUGGGAACAACCUGAAACUCCAGUUGUUUUUGCCGACAUGUGUCCUGGUAUUCAUGUUUACACGAAUACUAUUUCGGAUUUAUGGCACAAUCUUAGCUUGCGUUGCGAUGCCUGAUGGCCCCUGUGCUGCCAUCGAGUUCUGCGUUACGUAUGCGCUCACAGAACGGGCAACUUUAGUAUGUUAAGAUAGCCGAGCAUACCACUGAUUGCGGAAGUGGCUGAAGUACCUGACAAUGACUUUUUUGUAUUAUGUCGUAUGUAAUGGGAUUUAGUAAUCCCCGCGUGUUGCUUUGAUUUUUGCUUUGGACAUCUGGUUAGAUCUCAUGAACAAACUGUUUUGAUCUUGUUACAAACCUGCUGUAUGUUUGUAAAUUGUACGAAGCCUAGUAUUUUGAGAGCUUGGAGCUGUUGUUGAUUCGGUGUA